CUGCUCCUGCUCCGCCAGCCCUGUCCCCUUCUCCCUCCUGCUGCCAGCAUUGGCAGGAACGCCGGCAGCUUGGUCUCGCUGCCAGGGAUGUCUUCAUCCCCGCUUAUCCCUGCACUGCUGCCCAGGACUGAUGGUUCCUGCGCAAGGUGAGAGGUCUCCGUUUGCUUUGUGCACUCCUCUCGUCCCACUGGGAUCAUCCCCAGGGUGGGCUCCGGAGUUCAUGUGCUUGCAGGGCUCCUUGCUCCCUGGUCGUGACCUCACAACCAGCAUGGUGAUGUCACGGAGCAAGGACACGGAGAUGCCGGGCUCUCCUUUCGCUACCAUCUCUGUUCCGUCCCACGCAAAACCCCACUGACCUAAAUGGAGAGCCCUUAGUGACAUCCUGCUCCCUGCAUGUGUCACUGAGGCUGCAGAAGGCUUUGUCACUCUUACCCGACCCAGGCUGAGGACAGGUUGCAUCCUCCUGUUUGCCAUCCUGAAAUCAUGCCGCGGCCACUCAGCAUCUCUGAGAGCAUGGAGAGGGCCUGCACUGAGCAGCGGAGCCUGGAAGAGGAUGAUGAUGAUGACAAUGACAACGAGGAGUUCAGUUACACCUGUCCCUUGGCACAUCCUCCACCCCCAUGCAUGAGUUUGGGUGACACUCAGCUGGGAGAUGCUGAGUUCUCAUUUAAGCCAGUGCACUCUUGCACGGUGAAAGAUGAUGGAGAGAAAAACAGAAUAUAUGCCAAAAGGUUAGCCAGGCACGCGUUGGAGCUCAAAGAGAAUGCUCAGGAGUUUGAGGAACCAUUUUACAAAGACACGGAGAUGUCCGACAGCCCGUUCGAGGAGGACAGCAGCUGGACCAGGACCUAUCACCUCCCUGUGCACCAAAGGAAACACGCGCCUCGAGCUGCCCAUGCAUCACCAUGCGGUUCCUAUGACUCCUACCAGCAUGACCCUUUUUCCCUAUGGGCCCAGCCGAGCGACCCAUACCUCUCCAGCCUGGAGCACACCAGGGGAGCAGAACCCCACAGGUGGCACGAGGAGUCCAUCGGGGACCGGGAGAACCCUUCGCUGCGUGUGUCCUACAGGGAGCUGUGGGAGGAGAACAACAAGCUGCGCAGGGUGGUGCGGAGCAUGCAGGGCUCUCUGGAGAGCCAGGCUCAAAGCAUGAGGAGCCUGGAGCGUCGGCUGAAGGCCAGUCUGGCCAAGGAGGAGAGGAGAGCCCAGGGGCUGCAGGCCCUCAACCAGCAGACGGAGCGCAGCCUCCAGCUUAUGACCCAGCGGGCUCUGGAUGCGGAAAACCACGUGGAGAAGCUGAAGCAGGAGAUGCUGCUUCUCCAGGGAGAGCUGGAGUCCUCCAAGGUGAAGAACAAGAACCUGAGAGUGGGACAGAGCAUGGACCCGGAGGCGGUGAAGCAUAACGUAGAUUUUGCCUUGAAAAACCUCCAGAAGAUAAUAGCGGGUGCAAACUGGUCCAUCAAGCAGCUGGUUGCUGGGACAGAGUCGCUGAAUUUUGUCACUGAGAUUCUUAAAUCCACAGGCAAAAUUUCUGAUGCUGAAGCAGAGAAAAAAGAAUGAAUCAAACACUGUGAAUGUGUUCAAUCAUAGCCUACACAAAAACUUUUGCUCUCA